AUAUAGACCGGAGGGUGGAACAUGUGCAUACAAAUAAGCAGAAUAUAUGUAUAAAUAAUAUCCACAAGUUACAUAACACAAAGUAGACCAACAUAAACUUUUUAAUUUUCAUCUCUGAAACAUUAGAGGUUCCAUGGAAGAGAUUGUAGAGAAUCAAUUUAGCAAUUUGCCAGAUGAAAUUCUUGGCUGCAUAGUAUCUUUUUUACCAUAUGAAUAUGCUCUUGAAACCAGCCUCAUAUCUACUAGGUGGAGAGACUUGUGGAACCAAGUUCUUGUUUCACAUGGAACUAUUGAACAAAUCACUGAUGUUUUUGCUGAAUUUCUAACCAAUUUUGAUGAGUUUGAUCCAUUAAAGCGACCGCGCAAGCUUCGAUUUCACUUUGCUAAUGACAAUGAACUCUUUGCAGCUAUAGCAACUAAUAGUAAGCUUCUUAUUGAUUUCUCUUAUGGGAACAAAAAACUUGAAAGGAAAUAUGAACUACAGUUCAAUCUCAAUAAGCAACACUUCACCUACCAUUCUGUUUACCCAACUUUCUUAGUCAAAACACUUAAUUUGAAGUCAAUAAGCUAUUUGACAAGUGAAGUAGCUUCAUCCAUUGUUUCAAAUUUGGAGCAUCUUGAGAAGUUGGUGAUCAGUGAGUGUUGUGGAUUGCAAUCUUUGUUCAUUGAGGCUGAAAACAAGCUUCAAAUGUUAACAAUCUUAGAUUGCUUGCAGUUGAAGUCACUUCAUCUUAGAACUUCAAAACUUAAAUCAUUUCGAUAUCGUGGACCUCUUCCUCGGAUUUGGCCAGAAUCUCAUUUCAACUUGCGUGAUGCCAACCUUGAUUUUAGACAAGGACUAAGCUGCAGUGACUUGAGAGCUCAAGAUUUUGAUGAAACAUUGUUAACCAUAAAGAAUUCUGAAGUUCUUUCUUUGUGUGAAUGGACUUUUGAGGCACUAAUAUGGCCAUCAAUUUGUCCUUCAAGUGGAAGCUUUAUAUUCUAUAAAUUAAGAGAGCUAUGGUGGAUUGAUAACCAUGAGAAUGAAAACAACAUCAACGCCUUAUUCUCCUUCUUGAAAUUAUGCCCUGCCUUGGAGCAACUUUUUGUAAUGAUUGAUCCUAAAUGUUAUCCUGCUCCUUGGUCCAAUUCAGGAUUAAUGCAAGCAACUAAAAAUACAGAAUUGAAGCAUCUAAAAUUAAUAAAAUUUAUGGGAUUCACAAAUCCAAUGGAUGAAAUCUUAGUGGCAAAAAAAUUGAUUGAACUAGUCAAGGGAAAGCCUCCAAAGAUAGAGAUAUCAGAUGGGAAAUAUUUGGAUGUAGUCUUUACAUAAUGAUUUUUUAUAUGUAUUUAUAUCUAAAAGAAGGAAGAAUGAUAUACACAAGUUAUUUCCUAAGCCUGCUGGCCUAGUGCUAUCACUUCUUCUCUCAUUUGUAGGUCUUGUUUUGUUUCUUUUCUUUUUGGCCGUCUUGAGCCCUACACAUACACACACUUGACCCUACACACUCAUAUAGUCUUCUUGGAAAAGUAUUGUAAAUUUUGAGUAUAUGUUAAAAUUUUAAAUAUAUUGCGUUUCAUACAUGAUAAGUGAGAAAUAUAGAAAUAUAUACUUUUAGUACAAAGAUAUUA